AUGGUUUUCAAUCAGAGCCGCGUGAUACCGGCGCGGCUGUUCGGCGUCCGGGACGACAACGGCGGCAAGGUGGAGCUGCUGCUGCUCCGCCGCGAGGGCGACCGAAUCUGGGAGGCCCUGGCGCGUCCGGCACGUCGGCUGCGGCCCGGAAUGACCGUCAGCAUCAAGCCGCCGGGCCACCUGGGAGUGAAUGCUUUACCCGAUCCCGGCCUUUCGGUGGAGAUACUGGAGUCGAGAUCCGCGGGCCUGAAAGCGGUGCGGCUGUCGACGGAGGACGCCAUAGAGCGAAUGGGCCACACCCCUCUGCCGCCCUACAUUCGCACUCCUCUCGACGAUCCUGCGCGAUACCAGACCGUGUACGCCAGGGAACCUGGCAGUGCCGCCGCCCCAACGGCCGGGCUGCACUUUACGCCGGAGCUACUUGCCCGCAUCCGGGAUGCGGGAGUCGAGACUGCCUUCGUAACGCUGCACGUGGGUCUGGACACAUUCCGUCCGGUGCAGGGUGAGGACCCGAUGGAGCAUCACAUUCACACCGAGCGGUACUCGCUAGACGGGGAAACCGCUGACAACCUGAACCGGGCCCGAGCCGAUGGCCGCCGGAUCGUCGCUGUCGGCACCACCAGCGUGCGAGUGCUGGAGCAGGCCGCAACUGACGCCGCUGUUCCUGGCGGCCUCUUUAAGGCGGUGGAAGGCAACGCCAGCAUCUACAUCCUGCCCGGCCACCGGUUCCUGGCCGUGGACGCGAUGAUCACGAACUUCCAUCUGCCACGGUCGACACUGCUUAUGCUGGUUUCCGCAUUCGCCCAGCACAGCGCAGGCGAGGGAGGCUCGGGGCGCGAGAUGAUGCUGGCAACGUACGCGGAGGCAGUGGGCAUGGGCUACAGGUUCUAUAGCUUUGGUGAUGCGAUGCUGAUUCUGUAG